AUGGCCUCACAAUCCCCACCUGCCAAGGGCGGGGGCCUCUCGCUGUACGCAAACCUCCUAGACCCGGCCUCGGAGGGUUCUGGGACGAUUUCUAGAGCGCCUGUCGUCUUCAAGCAGAGCUCUGAAGGAGAAGCCCAACUAGACGAUGCCGCCACGGACAAGCAACAACAGAUAAGUGCUGGUAGCGCAAGACCCUCCUAACCGCAGUUACCGAACCAGAAGCCAAAGGCCAAGCCUCCAUUUACUAAACCGAAUCCCAUCACAUCGAAGCCGGAACUUGCAACAAGUGCAAACAAUGCAGCUGCGCGCCUUCAGGCAAAAUCAACACUAGCAGACUGGGCAUCAACCGUCGAUGACGACGACGAUAUCAAUGGAUUCUAUAGCGGCGCGAAACGGCAACGUGGAGGCCGCAAGAAGCGGAAGAAAAACCGAGACGGCCCCGAGAUGAUGACGAAUUGGGAUGAUAUAUACGACCCUUCUAGACCGAACAACUAUGAGGAAUAUAAACAAAGCGACGAGAAAAUCCGCGAAGUGAGAGAUUGGAAAGACCGUCUCUAUGCACAUCGCAUGGCUAGACAGCCGAGCAGUGAUUAUGAUAGUGACGAUGAUUACUAUCAACCAAAGAAUCGACAAUUCGCUCCUCCGCCUUAUAAUUUUGCGCCUCCUCCGGGCCUUAACGAUACUUCGCAAGGAGGACUUGAUAGCGAUAGAGAAGCCCAAGACAAAGAAGUUGAAAUGGCAGAUACGGACUAUCAACCAGCGCCCCCUCCGGCGGCCAUAACCGAUGAUGCCACUGGGGAAGAUGCAUAUGCUCGAAGGCUUCAAAUAAACCAACAACCUCCAGCUCCUUCCGAUCCCCCUCCUCCACCCCCUCCAGAACCCCCGACCACUGGCACUCCGUCCAUGUCCGUCUUUCAGCCUGCUUCCGCAACUAUUUCACGUGCCCCUGUCCGAUACGUAUUGCCUCCACCGCCAGAGGAUAUCCCAGCAACUGAGGAGGAGCUUGAAGCUACGUUCGCAGAAGAAGAGCCUGUCCAAAAAGAGGAAGGAGAUGCCCCUCGGUCUCUUCGUCCAGGACAACAAGGGUUUGCAGAGCGGCUCAUGGCCAAAUAUGGCUGGACCAAAGGGUCGGGCUUGGGUGCCACUGGUUCCGGAAUUGUCAACCCUCUCCAGGUCAAAGUUCAAAAGCAGAAAAAGAAACCGGAUUCUGAAGGUGGAGGGUUUGCUAUGCCGCCAGGCCGUGGUAAGAUUAUUGCUAGCAAGAAGAAAACAGAAGAAGGAGGGAAAUUCGGCGACAUGACUGAAGUAAUUGUGUUGCAUGGAAUGGUAGAUGGGCUGGAUCUGGAUGCCGAGCUUGAGAACAGCGAAGGAGGUGGCCUCAUGCAAGAAAUCGGCGAAGAAUGCAAUGAAAAGUACGGCCGUGUUGAGCGAGUAUUCAUCCAUCGUGAGAGCAAUGGUCCCAUUCCUGUUUUCGUCAAGUUUACCGCCCAGCUCUCAGCCUUACGUGCUGUCAAUGCACUUGAAGGCCGGGUGUUUAACGGAAACAUGAUCACCGCCAGAUUUUACGAUACCGAGAAAUUUGAAAAUGGUGUCUACCAGAAGCAAUGGCGCAAAGACCACCCUUUCGGCUUCUACGCAAAACCAAAUCGCAAUCCUCAGGGUGUUCUAGACAUGAAGAAAUGGGAAUGCGAAUACCCCACAAAGCCUCCAAAGUGCAAAUUCGUCCCACCGCUAUUUCAUCCCAACGUGUACCCUUCCGGCACCGUGUGCUUAUCCAUCUUGAAUGAGGAAGAAGCAUGGAAGCCUGCGAUUACUAUCAAACAAAUUCUCCUUGGUGUCCAAGAUCUUCUGGAUGACCCCAACCCCGAGUCCCCUGCCCAGGCGGAAGCAUACAAUCUAUUCAAAAAAGAUCGCACGGCCUAUGAGAGAAGGACGACGCCGCCAAUGGCAGACAAUAAUUGUACAAAAUCCAAGUCCGGCCCGGGAGGGCGGAAUGCUUCUUAUCUUAUCGGUCAUCCAGAUGUGCAGAAAUUCAAGCCUACGGCUUUGCGCAUGGCGAAAGCCCUUCGCCAUCGUGGACCGGAUUGGAGUGGAAGCUUUAUUGAAAACAAGACUAUCCUCGCGCACGAGCGUCUGAGUAUCGUCGGUGUUGACACCGGCUCCCAGCCACUCGUUAACGAUGACAAGAGUAUCGCUCUGGCCGUUAACGGAGAGAUCUAUAACCACCGGAUCCUGAGAAAGUCUCUCGAGCUAUCAUACAACUACAAAACACAUUCGGACUGUGAAGUCAUCAUUCCACUGUAUAUGAAAUAUGGUCUUGAUGCUCCCAAGCAUCUCGAUGGUAUGUUUUCCUGGGUUCUAUUCGACGCCAAAGAGGACCGCGUUGUUGCUGCUCGUGAUCCUAUCGGCAUCACCAGCUUCUACCAAGGAUGGUCUUCCCAAACACCCGGCGCCGUUUACUUUGCUUCUGAAUUGAAGAGUCUGCACCCCGUGUGUGACAAAAUCAUUGCUUUCCCGCCUGGACAUGUCUAUGACUCAAAAACAGACACAAUGAAGCGGUAUUUUGAACCAACAUACUGGGACCCUACCCGGGUGCCCUCGACUCCAAUCGACUACAAGCUUCUCCGGGAAACGUUUGAGCGUUCAGUUCGCAAGCGCCUGAUGGCAGAAGUCCCGUACGGUGUGCUUCUUUCUGGAGGCUUGGAUUCUAGCUUGGUCGCUUCCAUUGCGCAACGUGAGACUCUCCGCACCAGGUCUCACCAGGCCGACGACACCGAGGCAGAAGAAUCUGGCCUUGUCGGUAUUGAUGAUACCGAUGAUCUGUCGAACGUGACCGUCAUGGCGAAGCUGCAUUCUUUCUCGAUCGGCUUGCCAGAUGCGCCUGACACUCACGCUGCUCUUGAAGUAGCCAAAUUCCUGGGCACGAAGCACCAUGCCUUCACGUUCACCAUUGAAGAUGGUCUCAACGCUCUCUCGGACGUCAUCUAUCACCUUGAGACGUACGAUGUUACCACGAUCCGCGCUUCUACUCCAAUGUAUCUGCUGAGCAGAAAGAUCAAAGCACUUGGCGUGAAGAUGGUUUUGAGUGGAGAGGGUAGCGACGAGAUCUUCGGAGGUUACCUCUACUUCCACGCCGCUCCCAACAAGGAGGAAUUCCACGCCGAGACGGUGCGAAGAGUCAAGAACCUUCACCUGGCAGAUUGCCUCCGUGCGAACAAGUCGACCUCUGCCUGGGGUCUCGAGGCUCGCGUGCCAUUCCUCGAUAAACAAUUCCUGGAAACCGCGAUGAACAUCGACCCGAAGGAGAAGAUGAUCACAAAGGAUCGCAUUGAGAAAUACAUUCUGCGAAAGGCUUUUGACACAACGGACGAGCCCGACGUAGCGCCUUACCUCCCAGACAACAUCCUCUGGCGCCAGAAGGAACAAUUCAGCGAUGGUGUCGGAUACGGAUGGAUUGACGGCCUGAAGGAUAACGCCGAGCUCCAUGUCACGGACGAGAUGAUGAAGAACCCCAAGCCUGAAUGGGGUACCGACAUCCCCGACUCGAAAGAGGCUUACUGGUACCGCAUGAUGUUUGACGAACAAUUCCCACCUUACUGCGCAGGCACAGUCGAACGAUGGGUGCCGACCUGGUCCAAACAGAGUGACCCCAGUGGACGAGCAAUCUCAACCCACAACGCCAAAUACCAGAACGCUGUUUAG